UCGCUCUUCUAAAUUUUCGGUGGUCUUAAAGAUUUGAAUCCUGAACCUAAAGAGCUGUAUUUCUUCUUAUUCAACGUCUUCCCGCUUAUUUAAUCUUUCCAAAUCUGUAGACCUAUUUGGUCUCUUUGAAGCUGUUAGUCAGGCAAUCUACUGGGCACGCCACCUGCGGGGUCCUCACGGCCUUCUCAGCUGCCUCAGUCUCGGUCCGGAGAGGACCCGGCGCCGAAUCACUGACAGGCCCAGGUGUCGGGAAAAUGAUCCACAGUCUAUUUCUCAUAAACUGUUCCGGUGACAUAUUUCUAGAGAAGCACUGGAAGAGUGUUGUGAGCCAGUCUGUCUGUGAUUAUUUCUUUGAAGCUCAAGAGAAAGCUGCUGAUGUUGAAAAUGUACCACCUGUCAUUUCAACACCUCACCACUACCUCAUCAGUAUCUACAGGGAUAAGCUCUUCUUUGUGUCUGUCAUACAGACUGAAGUGCCACCUCUCUUUGUAAUUGAGUUCCUACAUCGAGUUGCUGACACUUUUCAGGACUACUUUGGUGAGUGUUCCGAGGCUGCGAUUAAGGACAAUGUGGUCAUAGUGUAUGAGCUCUUGGAAGAAAUGUUAGACAAUGGAUUUCCUCUGGCUACCGAAUCUAACAUUUUGAAAGAACUGAUUAAACCACCAACAAUUCUUCGUUCCGUUGUCAACUCUAUUACAGGCAGUAGUAAUGUUGGGGACACACUCCCCACUGGGCAGCUGUCCAACAUCCCAUGGCGCCGGGCAGGAGUAAAGUACACAAAUAAUGAAGCCUAUUUUGAUGUCAUUGAAGAAAUAGAUGCAAUUAUAGAUAAAUCAGGAUCUACAGUCUUUGCAGAAAUUCAGGGGGUCAUCGAUGCUUGCAUUAAGUUAUCCGGAAUGCCUGACCUUUCCCUUUCUUUCAUGAACCCAAGGCUUCUAGAUGAUGUCAGCUUCCACCCCUGCAUCCGGUUCAAGCGUUGGGAAUCUGAAAGAGUUUUGUCAUUUAUUCCUCCAGAUGGAAAUUUCCGACUCAUAUCGUAUCGGGUCAGCUCGCAAAACCUAGUGGCAAUACCAGUGUAUGUGAAACACAGCAUCAGCUUUAAGGAGAACAGCUCUUGUGGCAGAUUUGAUAUUACAAUUGGACCAAAACAGAAUAUGGGGAAAACCAUUGAAGGAAUCACAGUGACAGUUCACAUGCCAAAAGUUGUGCUGAAUAUGAACCUGACACCAACACAAGGCAGCUAUACAUUUGAUCCAGUUACCAAGGUACUAACAUGGGACGUGGGGAAAAUUACUCCACAAAAGCUCCCAAGUCUUAAAGGACUGGUAAAUUUACAGUCUGGAGCACCUAAGCCAGAAGAAAAUCCAAGCCUCAAUAUACAGUUCAAGAUCCAGCAGCUUGCUAUUUCAGGCUUAAAAGUAAACCGCUUGGACAUGUAUGGGGAGAAAUAUAAGCCAUUUAAAGGAGUCAAAUAUGUCACGAAAGCUGGAAAGUUCCAAGUGAGGACAUGAGAAGAGGCCAAAAUUCCUCAAGAUCUGUUUCUUUUCUAAGUGUCAUUAUAGUUUACUACUAUUAGGUACCAAGUGAGUGGGAAUACUUAUUCUAGUUAGUAUUUGUGUGGAGCUACACAGCGCUAACAAAGUUGCUUAGUAAUCAAUGUAGGGUUCUUAAGGAGCUUUAAGCUAAGGUAAUUUUUGAAUAACUUAGCUUAUUUUGUAUCUUUUCACUUAGAAAGAUUUUGGAGGUGAUUUCCUCCAUAGUGGGGGCACCAGCUGGAGGUUGCACAUUGUAACAGGAAAGGCAGAAGACUACAGUGAUAACCUCUCUCCUAAAACAAGAGAACUGAUCUCAGCCAGCAGCUGUCUUAAUCUGUAAUGUGAUGUGUCAAGUGCAGCCAAAUAUCACACCUGAUCUUAGCCAUCCCAAAUCAGCACCUGUCCCAACAGAGGAAAUUCCCUCCACCCCAAGAAGUUUACAGAAAAACUGCCUCUUCAAGUGUUUGCCUUACUCAGCUUUUCACUUGUGCCAUUAAGCAAGCACUGUAGCAAGAGCCACUUCCACAUGGCCCUGGCAGGGAGCUGCUGCUCCAUGCUCCAUUCUCACUGUACUUGGUAUUGUAUUUUUUAUAAAUAAGAUUUCUAUGUAAAGCGCAGAUUUUGAUUUACAGAGACCUUGCUGCAGUUAAGUACCACCUCAGUUUUGCACCAUUGGUUCAGCUGUUAGCACAGUAAAAAUCAUUCGUAUCUAAGGUAAUAUAAGGGAACACUACUGCUUUUAGGAAGUUAUUGCAAGCACAAGUGUUUGAGGUUUUAAAUAAAUUAAAGUA